AUGAAAAACGGAAAAAGUUCAUAUAAAAUAGAUACAAAUACGAAAGAAAAAAAAGUAAACAACAUUUGUGAUAAUGAAUUAUGUGAAAUAUUAUCAUCAGAUGAAAGUAAUGAAUUUAUUUAUGAAAAAAAUGAUGAUUUUAUAGUUGUAGAACUUAUUUCUUAUAUUUGUGGUAAUUCCAAAAUAUUGUCUUUUUAUCCAUGUACAAAUAAUAAUUCAGAAAAAAAUAAAUAUCUAUAUCAUUUUUAUAAAAAAAAAAAAGUCAAACUAUAUUUAUGUUUAAAUACAAAAAACAAUGAAAUAUAUAUAUAUCAAGUUCAAAGGAAAUAUGUAGAAAACAAAAAGACAGACAACCCCAAUGAUACUAUAAAUAAAACAUUUUUAUAUGCACAGAAACCCGAUAAGAGUGAAAAAAAUAAUCUAAAUAAUAGCAAACAAAUAAAGAAGGAGAAUAAAGUUAGCUCGACGAACUUGGAAAAAAAAAUAUGUAUCACAAAAUUAUUUGAUAGUGUAAGUUGCAGUUAUGAUAUAUCCACUAUUGAAUAUUCCAAAUUAGAAAAUACGGAUACUCAAAUUUUAGAUAGUUUAAAAAGUAUACUAGAAAAAAAACUUAAAAAAAAUCAAACUAAGAUUGAACAUGAUAUUGAUUCACAAAGGGAACAAAAAAAGUUAAUAGUAGAUGAAUUAGAUUAUAAAAAUAGUAUCAAUACGAAAUCAGAGAAUAAUCAAGACAAAAACAAUAUAAAUAAUAAAGAAAUAAAAUUGUUAUAUCUGAAUUUCCACGAGCCGGCUCACAUAUUUAUGAACCAUUUCUUCAGGAUCAAUCAAGAUGAUGAGGAAAAUUCUGUGAAAGAAAUAACCGGAUUUCUCAAGGACGAAAAAUAUGAAUAUAUAGAAAAGGAGCAUCUAAAAAAAUCAAAACGAAAAAAAUAUUCAUCCAUAUUUGGAAAAAUUAAAAACGAAAUAUUUCCAUGUAAUAAAUUAGAAAAUUAUCAAAGUGAUAUAAGUAUAUGUAGCACCAAUUUAUUUUUUAGUGACACCGAAGUAAUAACUAAGGAAAAUGGUAAAGAAGUGAAAGAAGAGGAUGGAAAAAAAGAGGAAGAUAAAUAUAAAAAAAAAAAAAAAAAAAAUAAUUUUAUUCCAUUAAAAAGAAAUAAUUUAAAAAUAAAAUGGUUACUAUUAAAUUUAAAUUUAAAAAAAGAAGAAGAAGCUUUAAUACAAAAGUAUGUAAUGUUUAAAAAAACGAGUUUACAAAAAAUGGCAAAAGAAUUAUAUGAUAAUGAUACUUGGACAUAUCAAAGUACAAAUAAAUCUUUUCGAAAAAAAAAAAAAAAAAAUACCUCAGAAAAUAAUGGAAGUAUAAAAUUACCUGAUAAGACACAAGAUAAAGAAAAGGAAAAUGAAUCAACAAUUAUAUUUGACAAUAGCACACAACAAGAUCCAAAUAGUGUAACAUCAGAUGUUUCAUCUAAGCAUAUGCUAGAGCAUAAAGAAGAUGAAAUAAAUAAAACAAAAUACAGCAGUAGUAAUAGUAAUGAUAGUAGAAUAGAUAUUGACAAUAUGUACGACCAUAAUAAUAGUGAUCAAGUUUACAUUUUGAAUAAUCAAACUAAUGUAAAUGAAGUAGAGAGUUAUGAAAAAAAAAAUAUAAUACAAACUAUUGAGAAUAAUGUUGUUGAAGUUGAAAAAGAAACAAAUAUAAAAAUAAGUACAAAACAUCAAUUAGAAGAAUAUCCAAAUAAUUUUCAUGACCAGUCUGUUUGCUACUCAGAAGUUAAUGUGUUAGAAACAAAUUGUUUUGAAAAACAAACUUUAAAAAAAAGAAAAAUUGAAAAAGAUCAACUAUAUUGUGAUUAUAAUAAUAAUAAUGGUUGUCUUGAUUUUGAAUAUUUAGUAAAAAAUGGAAAAAACAAUUUAACUAUUUCAGAGAGUACAAAGUAUAUAACAUAUGUCGAAUGUAAUGAUGCACGAAAUUCCAAUAGCGGAUCAAACCAUAGCACUGAUUCUUCAUGUGAUAAGAAAAAUAAUGAAUUUGUUGAAGAGAUAGUUAUUGAAAAAACAAAGUAUACCCAAUUUAAUAAUUGUGAGAAGGAAAUAAUGAAUGGAGAUGUGGUAGACAUAAAUUUGGCAAAUCAAAAUGGAACUAAUGGAAUGGAAGAAGAUGAAAAUUCUGAAAGUAGUGAGUAUAAUGAAAAAGAAGAGAACCAAAAUGGGAAAUGCUUUUUUUUAGAUAAGAAAGUAAAUAAUGUUUUAGAUAUUAUAAAAAUAAUAUAUACAAAUAGUGUAUAUGUAAAAUAUUCUGAAAAUCUUAAGUUAUAUAUAGGAUUAUAUAAAAAUUACACAAAUAUUGAAAAAACAAAAUUAGAAUUUUUGGAAAUAGAAAAAAAUAUUGAUAUAAAAAUAUUAAAUUGGUAUAUAAAUGAGAAAAUGGUAGAAAAAAAAAAUGUAUGGCAAUUAAAUAAUUAUAAAAUUGAUGAUUGUAGUUUAUUUCGUUUAAAUAAAUUUAAAUAUAUAGAUGAUUCAAUUAUAGACUUUUUUAACAACUAUAUUUAUUUUUAUAUAUUGAACAGAAAUAAUAAUGAUGGGUGUAAAAUUGAAAAUGAUAAAAAAAAUGAUAUAUAUAUUUUUAAUACAUUUUUUUAUAAAAAAAUUGAAUUAUAUGAUGAUAUAUCAAAAGCUUACCUUAAUACAAUCAGAUGGAUUAAAAAAUUAAAUAAAAAAAUUUAUGAAUAUAAAUAUGUGUUUAUUCCAAUAAACAUUAAUAAUACCCAUUGGUCUUUAGUCCUUAUUUAUUUUCCUUUCAGUGAUUCAAAUCGGGAUAAAAACACGGACCACCCAUCUAAUACUAUUAAUGAUGAUGAAAAGUAUAAAAAAGUGAAUAAUAAGGAUGUCAUAGAAAGUGUACAGGAGAAUGUGAAGGAAAAUGUUUCUUCUACCCUUUCUCGAAACAAUUCAGACGAUUCUGAUCGAAAUAUAAGUAUCGACACAAAUUCGAAUUCCCAAUGUGACAAAGAAGAUAACGUAUUCCAUGCGUAUAGAAGUAAAUCUCUUGAUUCUUAUUUUUUAAAUGAACAGAAAUAUUGCACACAUAGGUAUAAAAAAAACAACAGUAUGAUGAAGUAUUCAUUUAAAACAAUUGGAAAAACUUAUCAAAACUUAACUGGUUUGGUUGAACAAAAUGACGAGGAAAAUUAUGAAUACAAAUUUGGAAGGAAAAAAAGAAUUUCAGGAUAUUUAAGCGAUGGAAAUGAACAUGAAUCGAGCUACAUUUCUAUAAGUGAUAGUAGCGAAAGUCAUAACAAUAAAAAGAAAAAUUUAAGUACUGAUGUGAUAGAAGAAAAUUCUAAAGAAUGUAAAAAUGAAAAUAAUAUUGAAGAGGAAAAGUUAGUAUAUAUGAUAUAUCUUGAUUCUUUAUUUCCAUCAACUAAAGGAAAUGCAAUUUUAGAAAAGUUAAAGAAAUAUAUAGAACAUUUAUUUCAUCGUGAUUAUGUAAAAAAAGAAAAACGAAAAAAAAAAAAUAAUAAUAAUAUAUUAUCAAAUUCUGGAGAAAAUAGUGAUUCUUCCUCUGACACAUAUCAUAGUGAUAGAAGUGGGAAUGAAUGUAGUGAACCAAAAAUAUAUUUUAAAUUUGUAUAUCCAAAUAUAAUACCAAAACAAAAUAAUACUUAUGAUUGUGGUAUAUAUAUUAUUUAUUUUAUUUUACAUUUAUGUUUAAAUGUGCAUUUAAUUGAGACUGAUUUGAUUAAACCUUUUAAUAAAUAUAUUAAAAAUAAAUAUCCCGAUAAUAAAUAUAAUUUCAACUGGUCUCAACAAAAUGCUACUAAAAACCCUUAUGCUCGGAUCUAUUCAAAUAAUUCAUCUCCCUGGUUUGAUCAGAAAGACAUAUGCACAAAGAGAAAGCAAAUGAAAAAGAUGCUUCUAUACAUGAAAGAUGUCAUAAAUUGGAAAUCAGAAAAGCAUAUAGAAAUUUUAAAUUUGUUAUUUUUAAUGAAUCACAAUGAUAAAUAUCAAAGGAAUUAA